AUGGCAUCCCAAUCUCAACAACAAAGUACUAAUAUUGGUAGCAGCACGGGUAGUGGGUCUGGUGCGGAAUCAACGCAAAAUGAGGGUUUGCCUCCAUUGUGGAGGGAAGUUCCUUUGCCUAGUGAAUCUCUUUCUCAUUUGGACUCCGAUUCUACAUUCAAGAAAAGAAAGUCUGAAAAAUCACCUAUUACUAGAUGUUUUGGGAUUGAAACUAGGGAUCAAUUGGAUCAAGAAAUUGCAAGGAUGUUUUACACAGGAGGGUUGCCAUUUAAUCUUGCUAGGAAUCCACACUAUAUGAGGGCCUUCACUUUUGCUGCCACCCAUAAUAUAGGAGGUUACAAACCUCCUGGUUACAACAAGCUUAGAACUACAUUACUUGUACAAGAAAAAGCUAAUGUAGAGAGGCUUAUGAUACCAUUGAAAUCAACUUGGAGAGAAAAAGGGGUAACAAUUGUGACUGAUGGAUGGAGUGAUCCAACAAGAAAACCUCUCAUUAAUUUCAUGGCUACUUCUGGUAAUGGUCCAAUCUUUCUUAAAGCUGUGAAUUGUUUUGGUGAAGUGAAAGAUAAGUAUUUCAUUGCUAAUCUUAUGAAAGAAGUCAUUCAAGAAGUAGGCCAUCAAAAUGUUGUGCAAAUCAUAACUGACAAUGCAGCAAAUUGCAAAGGGGCGGGGAGCUCAUUGAGAAAUAUUUGUGCGGCAAGGAAUGUGAAUAGCAAUCAUGAAACUUAUGAAGAAUGUAGUUGGAUCACAGAAAUCCAUGGAGAUGCCAUUCAAAUUAAAAAUUUCAUCAUGAACCACAACAUGAGAUUGGCCAUGUUCCAAAGAUUUUCUCCUCUUAAGUUGCUUUCCGUGGCCGAUACUCGCUUUGCCUCCAUUAUUGUGAUGCUUAAGAGAUUUAAGCUCAUCAAACGAGGUCUUCAAGCCAUGGUUAUAAGUGAUGAGUGGACUUCUUAUAGAGAAGAAGACAUGGGGAAGGCAAACUUUGUGAAGGAGAAGAUUGUGAAUGAUGAUUGGUGGGACAAACUUUCUUACAUUGUUGAUUUCACAAGGCCUAUCUAUGACAUGAUUAGGCAUUGUGACACCGAUAAACCAUGCCUUCACUUAGUGUAUGAGAUGUGGGAUUCCAUGAUUGAACAAGUGAAGCUUGAGAUUUACAAGAAAGAAUGCCGUCCUCAUUCGGAGUUUAGUCCCUUUUUUCAUGUGGUUUAUGAAAUCUUGGUAGCUCGUUGGGCAAAAAGCAACACUCCUCUCCAUUGUUUAGCCCACUCCUUGAACCCGAGGUUCUAUAGUGAUGAAUGGCUACUUGGAGCUCCAUCUAGAGUUGCUCCUCAUAGAGAUGGUGAAGUAUCUCGAGAAAGAAUGAAGUGCUUUCGUAGAUUAUUUGCACUUAGUGAUGAUGUUGGUAAAGUAAUGGAUGAAUAUGCACUAUUCUCUAUGAAGAGUGGACCUUUUGAGGAUUUAACUUGUAUUGAAAGGAUGCAUUCUAUGGAUCCUAAGAGUUGGUGGGCAAACUUUGGAGCUCAAACUCCUCUCCUCCAAUCUUUGGCAUUUAAAGUGCUUGGGCAACCUACUUCAUCAUCUUGUAGUGAGAGAAAUUGGAGUACAUAUUCCUUCAUUCACUCACUUAGGAGGAACAAGCUAAAUCCAAGUCGUGCACAAGAUUUGGUUUUCAUCCACAACAAUCUUCGCCUUUUAUCAAGGAAUUCCGAAGAGUAUUGGGAGCUUUACACUAAGAUGUGGGAUAUUGGUGGAGAUGCAUUUGAUUCAUUGGAGGAUGUUGGGUUUCUAGAGUUUGCGGAACUCUCACUAGAUGAGCCGGAUUUAGAAAAUGAGUUGCUUCUUGAAGAUUGA